UUUGUUAAAAAUAAAAUUUCCAUGUGUUAUGAAUUUGUGUGUGUAUAUAAAGUGUCGUUUUAGGCUGUCGAGGAAAGCAUCUAUCUUAGUUUAUUUCUUUGAGUGACUAAACAAAGUUUGUAAGAAAAAUGGGUUGUUGCUGCUUACCGCUUUCGCCACCAAAUGCUCCUAACAUUGUUUCGGAUGUCGCAUUCUCGAUUCCGGAUUCUUGUCCCGAAUGCGAGAAAAGUAUGACUGAUGCUAUAACCAAAUUCAAAGGAGUUAAUACAUCAUCGGUGACGAGUACUGGGAAGAUUGUGGUCACUGGAAGUUUCAACCAGGACAAGCUGCUGAAGAAACUCAUCAAAGUUACAGGGAAAGACGUGGAGAUCGUGGAGAAGGAUGAAGAAGUUGAGAAGAAAAGUGAUGAAACAGUUGCUGAGAAAACUGAAGAGCCUGAAAAGGUUAUUGAACCAAACAGUGAUGAGCGUAAGCAAAUGGACAAGUUUAUGAUGUUCAGUGAUGAAAAUCCCAAUGCCAAAUGUACUAUUUCGUAAAUUUUUGGCAUUUAAGUUUCAUAUCAUUCUAGAAAAAACAAGUAUUGCUCUGCAUGAAACUAUAAUAUCAUCUCCUUGUUUUGUAGUUUUAAUAAAAGUAUUAUGCAUUCCCUUUGUU